AUGUUUGAAACAUCUGAUAAUAGUACUGUUGAUCCAAAAAAUUUAGAAGAUCUUGAACAAGCUUUUCAAAACAUGGUUAUUUCUCCAGAAACUAAACCUACGCUUCAAACAUUUAUUACUCUACAAGAUGCUUACAAAACAUUAGGUGAAGAUAAUCAAAAGGGUGGAACUAUUAGAAAAAACCUUAAGCAGUCAUUAAGUAUUAAUUUAGAUACUUUUGUUGGAGUAGGAAAUAAGGCCAAACAGAUUGAAAAAGUUUUUGGCAAAAAUUUUGUUCAUUCUAUAUCUAUUUCAAGAUCUAAUCUACAUAAAUCAAAAAUAGAUGAUCUUAUUAA